GCAAUUUGGCACCCAUCGAUGUACGGCUUCAAUGUCACAGAGAAGACGUUCUCAUACGAUAACCGCCCCGUCGUGCCGUUGUACAACAUGCCUUUCAAGCAAUGGUGGUUUCACAGCCACCUUGACUAUCCCCCACACCCGUCGGACGUCUAUCAGCUGCAGCCAGGCCGCCCCGCGACGCUCGAGAUCGCGUGCAACAAGCAGUCCACGUCCUAUUUUGCUUCUUCGGGAUAUAGCAACCACCAGUCGGGAGACAAUCCCUGCCCGGGGUCUCCCCCUAAGCAGUAUCAUGCGCAGAACAUCUCGGACACUAAAGGAUGCGCGCUGGCAAUCGCGUACAAGAGCGACGUGAACGAUAUACAGCCGGAGGACUUUGCGGUGUUCAGCGUCAAUCACACCUGCGUCUGGCACCGCUUCACCGAGUUUCUUGUCCCGGCGCGGAUGCCGCCAUGUCCACUCGGAGGCUGCCAUUGUGCGUUUUUCUGGAUACAUUCUCCCGAUGCAGGCGACGAGCAAAUGUACAUGAACGGGUUCAAAUGCAACGUCGUUGACCCCUUGUCCACCGUCCCCAUCGCAAAAUCCAAAGUCGCUAGGCGCUGCGGCGCGGACCCGCAGAAUGGCAAGCCCCAUGCCGACCCCUCCAACUGCACGUACGGAGCGAAGCAGCCGCUGUACUGGCUCCAGAAGGAGCGGAACAACAUGCACGAGGGCUAUUACUCCCCGCCGUUCUACAACGACCUGUAUAACUUCAAAGAGGGCGCGCAGGACGAUAUUUUCGAGGACUCGUACAGC